UCGCAGAGGAUCCGGAAUCUGAUUCCACUCUCGCAGGCUUUGUCCUUGAAAAGUGACAGUUGCGCUCCUGGCGUGGAAGAAAACCGUUCUCCAAACCCCUUAUCUGCCGAAGAUCUGAGCCAAAACAGAAAACAACGGCUCGGCCUUUCCCGGUUGGGCCAGGCAGGAAGGCGUGGGCGGGUGUGACAUCAACCUGGAGGCGGAGCUUAAUCUACCUGCCCUUCAUAACGAAUGAGUGACAGGUGAGAGCAGGAUGCAGAUUCCAUCUGAGAGCGACCGAGAUCAUCGCACAGAGCGCUGGUAACAUUGUAACAAGUAUGAGUGACUUUUGCUCCCCACCAAUCAUCGUUACGUCAGACGACGAUCCCUGGGAUAUUGACACUUCUCACUAUGCGGACUGCGGCCAUUUUGUGGACUGGGAUCAGUUCCCCGCCAAGCCUCAGAAGAAAGGUCCCUCACAUCUGGAAAUGCCCUUCUCUCCCAAGGAACUCAAGCGGAUGGCCAGAGAGGGUACUUGGGCCAGCCAUCGAACCUUGAGAGCAGAGGCCUACAACAAGAUCAUCAAGGACAUCAACUGCCGGAUAUUCACCCCCAAUGAAAAGGUUUACCACGAUGUAGCCGAGAGGCUCUUCGGUCAUGAAGACACGAUCGACUACCCUUUGCCAGAGUUUGUGGAGGGUUCUCUUCUGCCCAUGUAUUGUCUCACUGCCAGAGGAGAGAAGGCUGUGAAGAAAGUUCUGAUCUGUAUUAGUAACCAGUAUCCAGACAUCACCUAUUCCCCCGCCUUGCCGGCGGUGGUGGCGCUCUUGAUGCACUUCACCGAAGACGAGGCAGAAUGUUUCGAUAAGUCUUGCCGCCUCAUCUCUUGCACCGAUCCGCACAAGUCUUACAUCGAGCAAAGCUUCUUGUCCUACGAAGCCUCAAGCAUGACCUUUGGCGACUUGGCCAAGAAGUAUUGUCAAGCCGGUCAUAAGAUGAUCGUCUCCCACUGUGAAAAUUCAGCAGAGGUCUUCUCUGACUGGCAAACGUGGGUCUUUGGUGACUUACCCUUCGAGUAUGCCAUUAGGGUCUUUGACGUUUUUCUUCUUGAGGGCAACAAAGUCUUGUAUCGAGUGGCUUUGGCCCUCCUCAAACAGUACAAACUCCAAACUGAUUAUGUAGGACAGGACGUCAGGGGCGACCUCCAGAAUUUUGUGAAGAACAUCUCCCAAUAUGUCUGUGUAGAGAAGCUGUUAGAAAAAGCCUUCAGCAUUCGACUUUUCACCCACAAAGAGAUCUGGCUGCUGCACAUGGCCAACAGAAAAGCCUUGUCCCAAAGUGGGAUUACGGUAAUGCAGCCAAGGCAGUCGGCGCACAUGUCGGUCGACAUCUUAAAUUUCAGCUCCGAGAUCGUCACGGGCCAGGAAAUGAGGGUGAUUUGGUCCUGGAUACCGGAACGGUUUUCCUUGUACCCCCCCGUCCUGCUGUUCUCUACGCUGGAAAACGGCUACAGCUUACAGAGAUUUUAUGCGCACUGUGAAGGGUUCGAACCGACCGUCCUGCUCAUCAAAACAACUACCAGCAAGGUGUUGGGGGCUUUUCUCUCCACCGACUGGAAUGAGCGCAGGAAGUGCGGCGGACAAGUGGCCACCUUCUUCGGCACCGGAGAAUGCUUUGUGUUCACCGUCCAGCCAGAGAUGGAGAGAUACGAGUGGGUCGUGGUGAAGAAGCCAGAGAUGGGCAAGGUGGCCCCGCCUUCCCCACGCUCCAGACCUCGCUCCUACUCCCACGGGGCCCAUAUAGCUUUACCCCCGCAACGCCCUCAUUCAUCGAGUAUGAGCUCUGCGCCCAGUAGCUUUUCAGAGUCCUCCAACUUUCUGAAUGUCCCCAUGGAAGGAAACCCAAGCCGGUUAUCUCCGUUCCUGUCCGUCCGUCACUUCCAGCUGCCUUCCAAAACUGCCUCCAUGUUUAUGUCUGGCAACAGCCAAGGUUUUAUCAUAGGUGGUGGAGGGGGUCAGGCCUUAAACAUUGACGCAGAUCUGAACAUUGGGCGGACGGAGCACUGCGAGACCUUCGACAACCCGCCGCUUUGCGAGGAGAACUUUCACAUCCAGCACCUGGAGGUCUGGGGCUACCAAAAUUCCUAAAUUGCCCAGAUAGACCACAAGAAAAGACUAUUGUAUAAAUCACAGAUGGGUGUGGUGGCUAGAGCCGGCGCCGCGCUCUUCUUAUCCGCACAAAAUGGCCUCCGACGUUCCGGCAUCUCCGCUCUCCAUCCACCGAAUUUUACUUAGGAGAGCGCUCUGAAGACAGAAUAGACUAGAAGAUGAGAACAAAGCCAAAGAAAGACUUCCUAUUAAAACUGGAUUGAAAGACGUCUUUGCCUCGUGCAUUCUGCAAUACGGACUGUUCGAGCUGCAAGGGCCCCUGGACACACUACUGAAUAUGUGCACAUUUGUGUUUUUUUGUAUUCGUAAAUUUCAAAUGCGUUUUUAAAAAAACGUUCUUGGUGGAUAGGGACUGUACUGCUAUUGCACCACGGAAUGGCCCCUAGCACCCUAGACAAAGGUCUGCUCCACCAAUGGGACAAUGAUGUCCUCACCGGGUCUAUGUGCUUCUUUAUACAAUGAAUGCAAUUCAUACAAUAUGAGUGCGUUCCUGGGG